AUGGAAAGUAAACAAAGGAUAUUUGUAUCCCAUCCUAUAAAUGUAACUCAUUUCUUCGGUAUUUCUUGAGGCUUUGAGACAAAUUUUUUGUUAUUACUUUAUCGAUACUUCUGAUCGUAAAAAAAAAAAUAAUAAAUAAACAGUAAAAAUAAGAAAACUAUACAAUUAACUAUCUUAUUUAAUUUAAAAGUGAAUUUAUUUAUGAAGAUCCUGUAGCAAAAAUCGACAAACGGACGAGUCGGAAAAAUCAAUAAUUUAUUUUUCUUUAAAACUGAAAAGAAAACGAAAAAAAAAAAACAAAAUAAUCACGAUGUUUGGUGACAUGUAGGAAGGAUAUCAUUUUCAUAGCUCAUCGUUUCAUUUACAAAUCGUGCUGUCGCGGAUUUGUGUGUUUUUGCAUUUUUGAUUCUUUUUUUUUUGUGUUGUUCAAGACAGACAAAAACCUCAACCAUAACUUAGCCAAGGAACAUUUUCCAAUGCGAGGUCAGUGUUUUUCUCUGCGAUUUAUGUGAAUGUACAUAAAAACAUUCGUUUUUUUUAAAGUGAUUUAUUGUAUCCUUUGUAUACAUAUAGUGUCUAUGUGUAGAGAUCUUGUUAUAGAUACUAUUUUACAUAAAAUCCUUGGUGCAAUUAUUUAGUUUUUUUUUUUUCGUUGAUUGCAAGUGCAAUAUUGUUUUGUGGUUUUUUUUUUUGUUUUGUUUUUGUUUUGAAAACCAGAGUUGAUGUUAUAAUGGAAGGAAAUGCUACUAAUUCAAUACAUAUCUAUAAUGGUAAUUGCUUAACAACAACAACAGCAGCAACAGCAAAAAAUUUAACAUCGUCGUCAGAAUCCACGCCCUUGAAUGAUAGAGAUAAAUUAGAUGAAAAGAUAUCAAAAGUAUGUCCUUCAAAAUCAACAUCAUUGUCGUCGUCGCUGGAAGGCACAAGCCCAUUGGGAAUGACGACAACGACGACAACACCAACGGACACACAGAAACCCAGAUGGCUGUCAUCUCUGCAUCAUCUCAUCUUUAUACUGACAUGUGCUUUAGCAGCGUUUGUUGUAUUCAGAAAUGUCCUAACAUGGCAUUUGCAAAGCUUCUGGGGAGCAUCCGGUGACUUUUGGCAAGCACAAUGGGACAAAUUCAUCAACAUAACUGGUGAGGAUCCUCUAGUACUAUGGGUAGUUGGAACAACCACAUUUACAAUGUUUGUUUACUGGCUAUUUGGCGGUAUCUAUACAUUCUUAGAUCUUACAAAUCGCCCCAGAUUCUUGAGGAAAUAUAAAAUUCAACCGGGCACAAAUGAACCAGUGGAUAGACAUCGAUUAACAAAGGUUAUUACAAGAGUUAUUGCUAAUCAAAUUUUUGUUGGCACACCAAUUGCUCUUUUAAGCUACAAAUUAAUGAAAUUCCGUGGUCUGACGUCUAUUCGUGAUCUACCGACAUUCCAUUGGGUGUGUUUCGAACUAACAAUGUGCAUUAUGAUGGAAGAAAUUGGCUUCUAUUACUCACAUCGGCUGUUGCAUAGCAAACAUAUCUACAAAUUCAUUCAUAAACAACAUCACGAAUGGACAGCUCCAAUUGCAGUUACAGCCAUUUACUGUCACCCGAUCGAACAUAUUUUCAGUAAUCUUUUCCCGCCUUUUUUGGGUGUUUUUGUCAUGGGUAGCCAUGUUGCCACUGCUUGGCUAUGGUUUUCACUGGCCAUUCUGUCAACUCUGAAUGCCCAUUCUGGAUAUCAUUUGCCAUUUUUCCCAAGUCCUGAGGCACAUGAUUUUCAUCAUCUUAAGUUCAAUAAUUGUUUUGGAGUCUUGGGAGUUCUUGAUCGACUACACGGGACUGACUCAAUGUUCCGAUCAACGAAGGCAUACGCAAGACACAUAAUGAUGUUGAGUUUGGUGCCACCGCGUGAAGCUUUCCCAGAUGAGUCAAAAUAAACCAAUAAAGGAUAAAAAAAAUUGGUGCAGCAACAAAUCAAAUAUUUUCAACAAAACUGAAGAUUUACGAGCAACAGAAUUAUUAGAAAAAAAAAACUGUAGAAACAAAUCACGAAAUUCACUGAAAAAACACGCGAGGGCAUUCAGUAGAUCAAUGAAGAACCCAACAAACAAUAUUCAUUCUAUAAAGCCUUACAGGAGCUACAUUACCACCUGUAAAGCUUUAUAGAAGCAAACUUGUUAUUCGGGAACACUCUAUUAUUUUUUAUUUUAAUUUUAUUCUUUAUUAUUUUAUAUUAUAUUUUUAAAUUUAAUCUCUAUUUAUUAUAUAUAAAAAAAUCUUUGGAAUGGAUUAUAAUAAGUGCGCGCAUGCAUUCAAAAUAAUAACAACAACAACACAACAAAAAAGUCAAUAUGGUGUAACUAUUUCCGGUGAUGUCUGUAAACACAAAUGUGAUAGAAAUGUUUUAAUUUUUUGUAAUUUAAAAAAGAAAUAAGAAACAAAAAAAACAAAUAAUAAUCGAUAUGUUAUCGUAUAUAUGUACGUAGUUUAAGGA